UCAUUGAUUUUCGUCGCUUGCUGUCGGCGAUUUUUGUUAUUGUUUUGUAGAUUUGAAACAUUAAUUAAAUAAAAUCUACCUAAAUACCGAAGCGUCGACAUUAUAUACGAGUCAAAAACUUGUCCAACUGAAUCCAGUAUCUAGUUGGUGGAAUUAUUUUUUAUUAUGAUGUCAUAGUGUCGCGCCGAAAAUAUUCGUCUUCCACAGUUUUACAAAGACAGCAUCAAUAUGUGGGACUCCUCAUCCUUCCUGAGCGCUCUCACGCCCAAAUUCUACGUGGCUUUGACUGGCACAUCGUCCUUAAUAUCCGGACUGAUUCUCAUAUUCGAGUGGUGGUAUUUCCGCAAGUACGGCACAUCUUUCAUCGAGCAGGUGUCCAUAGGUCCGUGGCUGGGAAGCGGGUCGAACGGGGAGAGUGCGGCUGAAUGUAAAGUGUGGCGGAACCCGCUGUCGCUGCUGCGGGGGGCGGAAUACGCGCGGCUGUGGGCGGAGGGCCGCGCGCCGCUGACAUACUACGACAUGAAUCUGUCAGCUCAGGAGCACCAGUCGUGGUUCUGCGCGGGGGGCGCGGGCGGCGCGGGGGAGGGCGGCGAGGAGGGCGUGGAGGCGUGCAUGGCGCGCGCGUGGCGGGAGCGCUCUCCGGGCGCAAGGGUGGCGGCGGCAAGGACUGCUCUCUCCAUCAACCCUGAGUGUGCCCCUGCAUUGCUGUUACUGGCAGAAGAAGAUGCACCCACUGUGCAGGAGGCUGAACGCGUGCUUCGCCGCGCCCUACGCUGCGCAGAAGCUGCUUGUAAGACUUCCUCUGCAGUUGCCAACAACAACUCUGCAGCCGCCGACCGAGCCAAGAGGGAUGCAGCGGUGCUCGCCCAUGUUAAGAGAAGACUGGCCAUGUGUGCCAGAAGGCUUGGCAGACUGAAGGAUGCCACUAGAAUGUUCCGGGAACUAGCUAGAGAUGCACCACCAGCACUUACAGCUUUGGCGCUGCAUGAGAAUUUGAUUGAGGUGCUGCUGGAACAGAAGGCUUAUGCUGAUGUGCAGGCAGUCCUAGCCCGCUACGACGACAUCAGCCUCCCCAAGUCAGCGACAAUCUGCUACACAGCGGCCCUACUCCGGGCUCGCGCCGCCUCCAUCGCUGCCUCGGCCGGUCCGCCGGGCGCCGGCGCCGCGCGCGCGGCCGAAUGUGCCGCGGCCGAGGCAAUGCGGCGAGCCGUGGAGUUCAACCCACAUGUACCGGAUUAUUUGCUGGAGUUGAGAGCGCUGACAUUGCCGCCGGAACAUUUGCUUAAGCGCGGCGACAGCGAGGCCGUAGCCUACGCGUUCUUCCACCUCCGCCAUUGGCGCAGCGUGCCGGGAGCGCUGCGCCUAUUGGCCGAGACGGCGGCGUGCGGCGCGCGCGCGGCUCUGUUCCACCCGUACCCGUCGUGCACGGCCUGCGCGGAUAGGGAGCUGUUGCCGCCGCAGCAUUCGCUGUCUGUGUUCCCGAGAAGGCGUGCGCCGGCGCUGCUCCCGGCCGCGGCCGCGCUGUGCACGCUGACGGCCGCUCUGGCACUCGCAGCACAUAGAUGGCCUGAGCCAUGCGCGGCGGCGGCGGCGGCUGCGGCGCGCGCGGCCAGAGAGAUGCAUCCAGGGAAGCUACUACAGAUGCUAGUUACUAUUUAG